ACGUGCGACAUGCCACCUCCGAAUUCAUCCUGGAAGUUGUGUUUGGGACUGGAAAGUUUUGGACGGAAUGCAUCGGAUGCCCUCGGAGACUUUCCGUCUCCGCCGUCCGACAGAGGUUUCAAAUACUUGUGAUUGAGUGUCGCGGAUACUCGGUCAUGUUUAGGCACUCAGUCAUACGUCGACCUUUUAUCCAUUUUGUUUCAGUCGCGUCUCGAGGAUCGCGACAAAAUUUUUUGAAGUUGACCGUCGCCCCGUCGAAAAUCUUAGACGGAGUAUCGCGGACACCCCGUCUCUCGGCCUUCCCUCCCGCGAGACCUGACCUCCUCGGCAGCCCCUGCACAUAAAAUCAGUGGCCCAGCCUCCUUCGCCUGCCAGUCGCUCGCCUGCUGUCCGUUCUCUGCGAGGGAGGAACAAUGGCAUCCUUGUUACCCAACCAUUCCAUCAUCUCCUCCUCUUCUUUCUCCACCACCUCCCGGAGAAGCCCAAGUUCUCCACAAGGACUAAAUCUCCACUUUCCCCCUGCACUUUCUUCGAGCUUUGCCUCCUCAUUGUCUGUGCAAGGAAAAGUCUAUCAACGGAGCAAUCUGUUUCAAGGAUUAGGAUUUUUCAGGGACGAUCAAGAAAAGAGGAGAUCACUGCCACGAGUUGUUUCAGCAGUAAGGCACUUUACAGGUUCUUUGACAAACACACAGGGCCUUCGGUUUGCUGUGGUUGUAGCAAGGUUCAAUGAGGUGGUGACCAAAUUGCUUUUGGAAGGAGCUCUUGAAACUUUCAGAAGGUAUUCUGUUAGAGAUGAGGAUGUUGAGGUUUAUUGGGUGCCAGGUUCUUUUGAAAUCCCUCUUGUUGCAACGCAGCUUGGCAAGUCAGGGGCGUACAGUUCAGUUUUGUGUAUUGGGGCAGUAAUAAGAGGUGACACAACCCACUAUGAUGCUGUUGCUAAUUCAGCUGCAUCAGGCGUGCUCUCAGCUAAUCUGCAUUCAGGCGUUCCUUGCAUAUUUGGCGUCCUUACUUGUGACGAUAUGGACCAGGCUAUAAAUCGAGCUGGUGGGAAGUCUGGAAAUAAAGGUUCCGAAGCUGCUCUGACCGCUAUAGAGAUGGCUUCCCUCUUCGAACAUCAUUUGAAGAAAUAGAUUUGUGGAUUUUGCUCAAGGUCCCUCCUCUCUGUAAGCACCUUUCGUUUAGUCGAUGGACCUGUUGCCAAUGACAUGCAAAUGCUCAGAAGCAUAUCAUCAGGAAAAAGCAUGAACGUGCUGGAAGAAGGUUUUCAGACUGGGGAGGGCAUUCUGAUGUUUUGUUUAUCACCUUCCAGUCCCACGCAGUGAACUUUGAAACAACAACGUAUUUUUCUCGAAGAUUUAUUAUAGUUGUAUAAAUAAGGCCGUGGCAUAAAUGCUGAUUUAUUUAACUCGUUCAUUUCUCAA